CAAAUUUUUGCAGCACGCUGGCUCCAUAAAAACAAGCCGAUAGCUGUGGUGGAAGGUUUCGUGAAGGAAUGGCUCGCUGCACCCAACGGUGUUGUUCGUAAGACUCUUGAGUGUGGAGGCACAAAAAUCCAGACGGAAUUCAAGGUCUCUCAGACUUCGGAUGCGUCUACCGCUGGUAAUAAUCACAUUGAAGAAACUGACAAUUCGACGGUCGAGCAAACUGACGUACUGGGUACAAAGCAGAUCGAUGCAUUGGAUAUUUCCGGUACAUCUCGAUUGACAAUAAUGUUUUCCACUGUCGCUAAUGGUGCAUUCAAAGCCGUUAUCCUGGACAUCGACCGUGUUCCUAAAUUCGGAAAGCUGUCUUGGGAUGAUCGAUUCUUCCUCGAAGUUCACGCGGCGGGUAGCGGAGGGUCUCAGAACAUCACAUCUCAAGGACACCAGGGGGAGAAAUCCUUAAUAUGGGAUACAACAUUCACGUUUAACGUUUCUCAAACAUCACGACUUGUGUUUCGCGUUCUCGGCUAUGACGGAAAAGAUAGCGAGCCAAUUCCUAUUGGUAUCGCUAUUUUCGACGUCGAUGAACUUCUGCAACAACACAGCUUGAUUAGACGUCCUCUUCUAUCGUCUGCAGCAUCCGUGCGCAUAGACGGAAUCCCCACUUUGUCUUUCAGGGCAGCACGAGCUGGUGCUAUGUCAUUUACAAGGUCUUUGAGUUUUUUCACGCAGGAGCUUUCUGCCGCCGUUAACCGUACUGCGGAUCUACAUGUCCAACCAAAUCAACCAAGAGACUAUGAUCAAGAUAAGAGAAUCAUUGAACAUGCAAUUUCUCGGGCUAGCAAAGACACUGGUGGCGAUGAACACCUUUACCCUCUUCUGGUGAAAAUCAGUAUCUUUGUUUCGGUGGCUGAAAGAUUGGCUAAGCUUCACCCCUACGCAAGGAUUGCAUAUGCAAUACUGGCAACAGGAUACGAGGUUAUCAGGCAAAAAAUCGCUUGCGAAUACGGCAUAAUUCGGCUGAUGCGGACUAUGCAAGACACUUACGAUCUUGUUAUGACCGUUAAUGCUCUCCCGUAUCUGCAUAAACAAAAAAACGUUCUCGAAGCAAUUAUGCAGCAAACAAUCGAAUGCGCGUUCUUCAUCCGUGAUUAUUUGGAUACUCGAGGCAGCUUUGCGCAAGCGAUUAAGAAUUCAGUGUUGAACAUGGAAGCUCAGAUCAAAGCAUUCGAAAAUGCAUUCAUAGACCUGCAGCGCAAUUUUCAGUGCUAUAUGGCUGUCUCCACACAGCUCACUGUACUGAAAAUCUUAGAAGAUGUUGCAGAUCUUGGCGCAAAAGCAGAUUUUCGUGAAAUGUCUUACGCCGUAGAUGCCAGAUGUGCAGCAUCAUACGCCGUUCAUCUACCGGCCAACAGUGCGGCACCCCCAUCUGAUCUCAUAACAUCCCUACAGAGCUGGGUUAUUGGGGACAGCAAGGAAUCAGAGAGGAUCUGCCUCUUGUCCGGGCCUGAAGAGUUGUGCAGCUCCAUCGCGCUACAGAUUGGAGAACAAUUUCAGUUCGCGUCGCGCCUUGGUUCCUCGUAUUGCUUUCGGGGUACCAGGCACAACGACACCCGGAGUUACACAAACCUAUUCUCGACAAUCGCCCGUGAUCUGGCGGAUCAUAAUGCUCAGUUCAAGCAGAAUCUCUGGAGGGCCGUAGGAAACGAGACGAGUCUGCGGAAGACACGGGUGGCGAGGACGCAGUUUGAGGAAUUUAUCCUCGCUCCCUCUAGAGAUGUCAUUUGGAACGGACCAUUCCUGGUAAUUAUUGACGGUCUGGAGCUGGGAGGGAAUGAAGCUGCAAGGAAGGAAGUGUUGAGCGUCCUUGUCGACAAAGGCGCCGAGCUUCCCAGAAACCUCCGAUUCCUGAUCACUUGCCGGCUGGAGGAUGACAUAUGCAAAGCUUUUCGCGGUCAAUCGCAUGUUCUGCGCCGGCAACUGGGAGAAGCUAGCCCUCUCGCGUCACGUGCGGAAAAUUUCGAGGAUUAUGUGGGCGUAUAAUGCCUUGUCUUCUUCCCGUCGUGCUGUGAAGAUGGCGCGAAAGUAGAUCUGGACCAAGUGUUGCCUUUUACUCUGUCACUGUCACUCGAGGUG